CUACCUCAACAUGGAGACUUAUGGUCCUGUUAUGUGGACUUUGAGACGCGCCGAAUGGACAGUUGGGAGAAGAAGUUAAUCCCUUUUCAAUACAACAAAGAGGAGCAAUUCUUUAGUAUGAUUGUGCCAACGCAGGAUACAGUUCGUUUUGGCUAUCUUUUUGAAAAGCUGCUUGCUGCAGAGCAGAGUGUACUCUUCACUGGUGGCACAGGUGUGGGAAAGGUUAGUUUGCAAGUUGUGAGAUUUAUUGCACUGGGGUAUGGCUUGGUCCUUCUGGCUCCCAAUGGUGCUGGAUGA